UAUAUUGCAAAUCUCCUAGUCACGCCAGUUUUUUGUAUUUGUUCCUUCUUAUUCCAGUAGUAUUCUUAGGUGGAGCAAUAUUUCUGUUUUGGCGAAGGCGAAAAAUUAAAACGAAAUGUGUAAACAAUUUGUCUGGCGAAAACAUGGAACUAAUGGAAGAUGGUGCAAGCAAAUCCGUGGUCAAACCGACCGAAAAAAAAUGGCCCCCUAUAAAAAUCAACGACUUUGGGGACUACAUGCGGGACGUUCUUGAAGCCAACCGAAAGUACCGUUAUUGUUGUAUUCAAAACCAAUUUUCUGAUCUACCAUCUGGAUUGGUAAAGUCCGUCAAAGAAGCGACAAAACAAAAAAAUGCCGACAAAAAUCGUUGCAACACGAUUUACCCUUAUGAUAAAAAUCGUGUCAAACUUGACACAACUUCAGCCGGGAAAUAUUUCAAAGGAGACUACAUUAAUGCGAGCUAUAUUCAAGGCUCCACCAAUUACAAAGAGUACAUCAUUGCUCAAAAUCCUCGAACUAACACAGUCAAUGAUUUUUGGAUCAUGAUUUGGCAAGAAAGAAUUAGUUACUGUGUAAUGAUAACCAACGAACACGAAACAUAUCUCCGUUACUGGCCUACUUUAACCGAAAAAAGUGUCACUUUUGCAGACUUAGAUAUAGUGUUACUCGAAAGACUCGACUACAGAUUUUUUCAAAAGUAUAAACUUGCUGUUAGUAGAAAGGGUCAGACUAGAGAGAUAUGCGUUCUACAUUAUCAUUCUUGGCAGGACUAUGACAUGAUUCUAUCAAAGAAAAAACUUCUUCCAUUCAUUAGCUUUCUACAAAGUAUACCGCAUUACAGCGCCCCUGUAUUGUUUCAUUGUCGAGACGGGACUGGGCGAUGUGGAAGUGUCGUUUUGUGCGAUAUGGUGUUAAGAUCGCUGCCUGUGACCGGCAUGGUGGACAUAUUUCACACAGCGAUGGUGCUAAUGAAAUCAAGAGUUAAUGCUAUCAGCAACUUGGAACAAUAUAUUUUGGUCCAUUGGAUAAUAAGAGAUUUUUUGGGAAAGUUUUACUAACCUAAUUUUGCAAAAAUACAGUUGUUUUCAAUUCAGCGGAUGUUUUUACAGGUUUAAAAUUGUAUCGGUUGUAAAUAAAUAUUUACUGUAUUAAUA